AUGAUCUACCUUCGUUUCCUUACUUGGACCGUACUGAUGGUGAGCUCCAUGAUUGCAAUGGGCAAUGGCACUUCAGAUGCCUAUUCGAGUAUCUUCGAAGUUGACUUGAUAUCACCGCGCAACGAAACUUACGCGCCCGAGGCCCUGAUGCCCAUUGUGUUUGCGCUGCAGAAUUCGCCUCUGGCUUCCAGCUUGGAGGCCUACAUCACUUGGGAUCUGUUGGAAGGCAACAACCGGUCUUCUCCAGGUUCCAUCAACGGUGGGCUUCUUGAACUCGCUUCGUCGGACCUCUGUGAACCUCAAGACAUCAAGUUUCACAAUGACAUCGUCUUCACUGUCAGCCAGUCAGGGAAGGCACCUAGUCUUGAAGCAGCUACAUCUUCUGGUACGUGCGGCAUCCAAAACGCCAAUGCGUUAAACGUGACUGCUAUCGGGGAAGAAUGCGGCGUCCUUGGGCCCAGUCCGACAACCAACCCAUGCGCGGCGACGGUCAAUGCUUCCGCGGCGUCCAGUAUAUGGGCAGCGGCAACUGCCUAUGCCUGUAGCCCUCUAGAGCGAUCGGCGAAUCCCAACGUUACUUGUCCGACUCCCUCGUCCAAAUCCAAUGGCACGGGACAACGCGGCAUCGUCGCAGCAUCGACAUUGUUUACACUCUUAACCGUGGUGACUGCCUUGAUCCACCUUGAUUGACAACGAUGUACCUAGCCCUUUACUACGGGCCUCUGGCCUAAUUGGGCAAGUGGGCCUUUUUCUUUCUAUGUGGUAGUGAUAAUAUCGGG